AGUGUCAUUAUGAAUUAACCGAUAAAGAUAUGACUACACAUUUUUUAGAGACACCAACAUGCAUAGUGAUGAAAUUCACAGUGCCCUGAUAGAUGUAGUACAAGUAACACCUAUCUUAAGUAGUGACCUUUAUGUCUGGACUAAUUAAUGUUCAUGCUUUUCAGUGACAGUGUGUCCCAGGUUCCUUCUUUCACAGUCAUCUUGAAGCUAUUCCCCGCUUAUGUGGGGAAAAGAAGUCUUUAAAAGCUCCCUAUUGUCUAUAUAAUUCAGCCCAAACUUUUUAGCACGGACUAAACCUUUUUCAUGCCUUCCCCAAAAUAUCUCAGUCACACUCACACCCUGCCCCCCUUUAGUAUUUAAGCUCUUCGGAACUCCUGUCUUUUGCAACUUCCAUUCACCUAUCAGAACCCUCCCCACCCUUUCCACGGCUGGCUGCGUCCCUUCUGUUCCUUCGGCUUGGAGAUGGGCCUUAGGAUAACUGGUCUAUUGAUACAUUUCUGUACCCACUGUACUCUGUCCUCCUGUAAGGCUGGGCCAUGUCUUGUUCAUCUUGUACUCUUCUACCGAACCGUGCUUAUAGUAUGAUAGGUGCUUGGUAGGAAUGUAUUAGAAAAACAAAUGAUAGAAAAUAAUUGUAUAAAAAUAUCCCUAGAGAGUCUAAUCACAGACCAACACAUCUGGAUUAAUUAAUGAUACAAUGGCACUGUAUUGAUAAAACUGAGUCAUGCAGUUAAACCAUCCUUUGACAAAUCUUACACGGAAAACAAGUAGAAUAUAGUCUGCUGAAGUGGAUUGUGGUAUUUGGAAUUAGGAAGGGACUGUGCAGGCAUUUUGCUUUUUGCUUUCAGACUUUGUUGUUUUCUUUGUUUUCCAAACUGGCAUCCUAGUUUGGAAAACAUAGGCGUCUCUGCCUAGGGGUGGAAGACCACGCUGCACCCCAGCCUGUGGCACCUAAGUGGCCGGGGUCUGACACUCCCAGAAGUUCACCAGAGCCGCGGGCGUCCCGAGCCUUGGAGGCUCCCAGUUAGCUCCCCAGGGCCCAGGCUGCCUGCCAGCGCAGCUGGGCCCGAGCCCCCCCGGGGGUCUCUGGACAGCGAGGACGCUCCCGGGGAGGUGGAGGGGAGGUCGUCGGGUUCCCAAGUUUUUCUCUCUAAGUAUUUAAUGGGUAGUUUCCCAUUGCUUCUGUUUCUGACUUGAUUAAAGAGGAGGAAAAAAAAAAGGAGUUUGACUACAAGAAGAAUAGUAGCAGACGGCGCAUCUGGCUUUACUUUUUAAAUUCCAUCCAAGUUUGUGUUUUGUUGUUCUUGUUUUUCUUCAUUUGACAGCGAUCCCACGAACUUCUCCUUGGGGGAAAUGGCGCGACCAAAGCCCGCCAAAGCCCAGCCUGAGAGCUCUAGGAUUUAUGAGAGUAAUAUUUAAAAUAAAACCUUAACAUAAACUCAAAGGAAGCCGUGCGCUCCUUAAGUCAAAGGCAGCUGUUCUGAUCGCAGCGCUCGGUUUGCUGUUUGUAACCAGCGUUAAAGAGCAGGAUUUUUAAACACGAAAAUGGCUAAAAGAGAAGAAAAGCUAAGUCCCGCGGUCCGCCGAUUCCUAUUCAUUAUCUCCAGCAGCAUAUGGGACCAUUCUCCUACUUGUCCUCGUCUUUUCUUCCGCAAAAGCAAAAGCAACCAAGCCUGUCCCUCUUCAUAGCAAGCCCACUCUUUGUGCCCGAGCGGUGCCUCUGCCACCUCUACUACUUCCUCUACCUCCCGCCUCCUCCUCCUCCCGCCCGCCGCCGACUUUUCGCUCAGGGAAGGAGGCGGCGGGCGCCCUUUGCGCCGGGAAGCCAGAGCGGCGAUUGGGUGACGGUCCCUGAGCCUCCAGUUUCGCGUCGGUUUCAAGGCUCCUCCCUCCUGGUGAAAGACAGACUGCGGGGCGCCUGGAAACCGGUCGGAGGGCGCGCGGGGGAGAGGAGAGCAAGCGAGUUGAGGGAUUGACACAAAUGGUCAGGCGGCGGCGGCGGAGAAGGAGGCGGAGGCGCAGGGGGGAGCCGAAGCCGCUGGGCUGCCGAGAGUUGCGCGCUCUACGGGGCCGCGGCCACUAGCGCGGCGCCGCCAGCCAGGAGCCAGCCAGCCGAGGGCCAGGAAGGCGGGACGCGACUCCGGCGCGCCCGAACUACCCGGGCUCUCCCCGCCGCCCGCGCUUCAUGAAUCGCAAGUUUCCGCGGCAGCGGCGGCUGCGGGACACGGAGCGGGAGCCGGGGGAGCGGGCCGAGCGCCGCUCGGGCUCGACGGAGGGCACGGGCACGGAGGAGAGCUCCCCGGCCGUAAAGGGAGCCGCCGCGGGCCGCGCCACUGCCAGCACCAGCCGAGCGUCGCCAAGAAAGGAGCCGAGAAAGUAUGGCUGAGGAGGAGGCGCCUAAGAAGUCCCAGGCCGCCGGCGGCGGCGCGAGCUGGGAACUUUCUGCCCGGGCGCUCCCGGCAGGGCCGGUGGCGGAGGGGAGCUGGGACGCGGGCAGCCACCGCUGCCGCUGCCGCCCCCCAGCUGAUUCCGGGCGCUUGGCGCGCCGGCUCUUGCUGCUGAUUUGGCUGCUGGAGGCUCCGCUGCUGCUGGGGGUCCGGGCGCAGGCGGCGGGCCAGGGGCCUGGGCCGGGGCAGCAGCCCCCGCCGCCGCCGCCUCAGCAGCAGCAGAGCGGGCAGCAGUACAACGGCGAGCGGGGCAUCUCCAUCCCGGACCACGGCUACUGCCAGCCCAUCUCCAUCCCGCUGUGCACGGACAUCGCGUACAAUCAGACCAUCAUGCCCAACCUGCUGGGCCACACGAACCAGGAGGAUGCGGGCCUCGAGGUGCACCAGUUCUACCCUCUGGUGAAAGUACAGUGCUCGGCCGAGCUCAAGUUCUUCCUGUGCUCCAUGUACGCGCCCGUGUGCACCGUGCUGGAGCAGGCUCUGCCGCCCUGCCGCUCCCUCUGCGAGCGCGCGCGCCAGGGCUGCGAGGCGCUCAUGAACAAGUUCGGCUUCCAGUGGCCGGACACGCUCAAGUGCGAGAAGUUCCCGGUGCACGGCGCCGGCGAGCUGUGCGUGGGCCAGAACACGUCGGACAAGGGCACCCCGACACCCUCGCUGCUGCCGGAGUUCUGGACCAGCAACCCCCAGCACAGCGGCGGGGGGCACCGUGGCGGCGGCUUCCCGGGGGGCGCCGGCGCGUCGGAGCGAGGCAAGUUCUCCUGCCCGCGCGCCCUCAAGGUGCCCUCCUACCUCAACUACCACUUUCUGGGGGAGAAGGACUGCGGCGCGCCCUGCGAGCCGACCAAGGUGUACGGGCUCAUGUACUUCGGGCCCGAGGAGCUGCGCUUUUCGCGCACCUGGAUCGGCAUCUGGUCAGUGCUGUGCUGCGCCUCCACGCUCUUCACGGUGCUCACGUACCUGGUGGACAUGCGGCGCUUCAGCUACCCGGAGCGGCCCAUCAUCUUCCUGUCGGGCUGCUACACGGCGGUGGCCGUAGCCUACAUCGCCGGCUUCCUGCUGGAGGACCGGGUGGUGUGUAACGACAAGUUCUCCGAGGACGGGGCGCGCACGGUGGCCCAGGGCACCAAGAAGGAGGGCUGCACCAUCCUCUUCAUGAUGCUGUACUUCUUCAGCAUGGCCAGCUCCAUCUGGUGGGUGAUCCUGUCGCUUACCUGGUUCCUGGCGGCCGGUAUGAAGUGGGGCCACGAGGCCAUCGAGGCCAACUCGCAGUAUUUUCACCUGGCCGCCUGGGCCGUGCCGGCCAUCAAGACCAUCACCAUCCUGGCGCUGGGCCAGGUGGAUGGCGACGUGCUGAGCGGGGUGUGCUUCGUGGGGCUCAACAACGUGGACGCGCUGCGCGGCUUCGUGCUGGCACCCCUCUUCGUGUACCUGUUCAUCGGCACGUCCUUUCUGUUGGCCGGCUUCGUGUCGCUCUUCCGCAUUCGCACCAUCAUGAAACACGACGGUACCAAGACCGAGAAGCUGGAGAAGCUCAUGGUGCGCAUCGGCGUCUUCAGCGUGCUUUACACGGUGCCAGCCACCAUAGUCAUCGCCUGCUACUUCUAUGAGCAGGCCUUCCGAGACCAGUGGGAGCGCAGCUGGGUGGCCCAGAGCUGCAAGAGCUACGCCAUCCCCUGCCCCCACCUCCAGGCAGGUGGAGGCCCCCCGCCUCACCCACCCAUGAGCCCCGACUUCACAGUCUUCAUGAUCAAGUACCUUAUGACACUGAUCGUGGGCAUCACGUCAGGCUUCUGGAUCUGGUCCGGCAAGACCCUCAACUCCUGGAGGAAGUUCUACACUAGACUCACCAACAGCAAACAGGGGGAGACCACCGUCUGAGAGCCGGGUGCUCAGCCCAUUCCCAGCCCGCUGCUGGGUCCCAGCCACCCCCAAAACCUGGCCCCAUGGAAUCAUUGCCAAGCCCAGCUACUCAGGCUCCCUCACUAGACAUUCACUUUCGCAGGCUUCUUUUAACAACACGGCUCCUGCAAAAGCUUCCGUCCCUGGGGGCAAACGGAUUCGAGGGCCCAACUGCCAAAGAGGGGGUAUGGACAGACCUCUCUCGCUCUCACACUCUGGUAUCUGGACUGUACGCUUUUAUGAUUGUAAAUAACCUGUGUAAGAUUUUUGUAAGUAUAUUUGUAUUUAAAUGACGACCGAUAACGCGUUUUCCUUUCCUUUCCUUUUUCUUUUUCUUUUGUUUUGUUUAAAUUUGAAUUAUUUAGGGCGGUUUCACCAUUUGAGGCCCCUUCCUGUCCUUUUCGGAGAACUGCACGGAUAAAACCGGAGCGCACACGCCGGGUGCUCAUGCGGGUCCUCGCGCGCCCCUCCCCUCUGCGGGUGGGGUGCGUCUGGGGCUACCGCCCGGUCACUUUCCUCCUCUUUCUGCUCCCUCCCUUCCCUCUCUUGCUUGAGGUUGGGGUUCUUAAGGCACAGAACUUCUUAGAAGCUUCCAAGCCCGCCCUUGUCUGGGACUAGAUUUCGAAGGCCUGUCCCUUUGACUUCCGAAGCUGAGUUUUUCACGGUCGAGAACCUUUUCCCUUAGCUUUAUGGAGGCCUACGGAUGUGGGCGCCGGCAGCCCCAGCCGUCCUCCGCGCUGGCCUCCAACGCCCAGACACUCUCUCCUUCCACCUAAGUUGGUUAGAGGGUGAGUGGGAUAACCAAUGCCAAACUUUUUAAAGUCUAAUUUUUGGUGGAUGAGCUCAUUUCAUUCUCUAGUGUCUAAACCCUGGUAUGUAUGGGUUUGGCCAGCGUCAUGGAAAGAUGUGGUUACUGAGAUUUGGGAAGAGGCAUGAAGCUUUGUGUGGGUUGGGAGAGACUGAAGAUGGAGGUUAUAAAAUGUUCUUUCUAAUUGCAUACUGAUGCCUGGCAACCUGCCUCUAGGACUGAGACAGUCCGCGUUUAGAUUUUACUGUUCUGUAAAAUGGAAACGUUGAGGUCACCUGGAGAGCUUUGUUAAGGAGCUGAUCUUUGCUUUCCUUAACAGGACAGCAGAAUGUAAACUGAAUAUAAAAAGUUGAAGAUUUCAGUGUAAUGAAUGGACUUCCUCAAAAUGAAGUGAUACUGUCUUAUUUUUAAUCAAGUGAUAAUUAGACAUAUAUCAGGAACUUUACAAUGUAAAAGUUGUACUUUCAACAUGUUAUUACGAUUGCUAUUUAGCAACACAUGCUGAGGGAGGAACAAUCCACAUCACUAAUAACAACCUGGUAAGAUUCUGGGAGGUAGAGGAGGUGGAAUAAUUGAUGGGAUUAGCUCCUGAAAUAAACAAAAUAUGGACAUGCAUGCUAAGGGGAAACCGUGUGCAGGUCUGCUGCGUUAAAUCCUGUGUGCUCUUUUUUGGAUUUACAGAAACGUGUCAAAUGUAAAUCUUUCAAAGCCAUUUAAAAAUAUUCACUUUAGUUCUCUGUGAAAAAGAUGAGAAAAGCAAUCCUCCUGGUUGUAUUGUUGUAAACUUUAAGAGUUUAUCAAAAUGCCAGUACUUAGGACCUAAAUUUAUCUAUGUCUGUCAUACCCUAAAAUGACAAUGGUCUUUGAAUUUGGUAUGCAUUUAUUCUGUUCACUAUCACAAAAUCAUCUAUAUUUAUAGAGGAAUAGAAGUUUAUAUAUAUAUAAUACCAUAUUUUUAAUUUCGCAAAUAAAAUCAAAGUUUUGUACAAAA